CUUAUCUACUCCUUUCCUUCCAGCAUCUUCUUCCUCAUUACGAAGACAUCUCACUAGAAAACUCUAUCCACCGCCCAACUUGAGCUGUCGUGCUCUAGAUCCAUACCAAGCAUCCACGAGCUGGUUUUUGAGGGAGCCAGGCAGAGCUACGAGAGUGGGAGGUGGAGGGGAACUGGCUGACACCAAGAUAGCGGGAGGCGGAGGGGCGGCACAGCAAGCCGCAAGCCGCGACGGUGCCACUACAUGAUGCAACCGGCGGGAUGGCGAGCUGCAACCCCUUGCUAGCGGAGCUACAAUCGAGGCAUGGUUGAGCUGCAUCCAGUGACGGCCGCCGGACAGCUAGCUGCAAAGGGCGGUUCCCGGAGCUGCAACCGCCCGUUGGUCGAGCUGCAUACCGCGACGCACCCGACGACGAGCUGCAACCGUGCAGUACAAGCUGAUGGAGGGGCCGGCGACGACGAGCUACAAUAGAAUUUUUGAUACGACCGGUGGAAUUUUUUGCUGCGACCGGCAAAUUAAGGACGAGGAACAACACGAGCUCUACGGCGGGUGCUGCAGCCGGCGACGUGCGGCUCUACGAGCCGCGGGGAGCCUCGCCGGAGAUGCGCCGCGGCGGCCUUGCUGGAGCUGGGCCUCGCCGGAGAUGCGCCGCGGCGGCCUUGCUGGAGCUGCGCGGUGCUGCGAGCCGUGGGGAUCUCGCCGGAGAUGCGUCGUGCUGCGAGCUGCAGUUGAUCUCGCCGGAGAUGCGCCACGGGACCCGAGGAAGAAGAAGCUGGGGAUCAUUCGAAACCGGAGUACUGCACUAAGAGGUAAGCAGUGCAAGAUGCCGUACCUGUCGGACCUUGAAAGCAAUGUUGAACUACUGCAGCAGGAGACUAACUCACUACCUACAAGAGUGCAGUCGAUGGAGGUUUGUAAUUCUGCUGACUUAUUACAUGAUCAUGAGCAGAUGUUUUAGUGCUUUUGCUAUUUCUCUAUUUAUAAUUAUUUAAGUGAGAACCAGUUUAUUAGAUUACAGGAUUCAUGACUGUACAAAAUUAGAUUAAAAAAAAUCUUAAUCUCGUGGUUGUAUCAUCCAUAUAUAAUGCGUUGAGAAAGGUUUUUCUAGAUAAAAAGGCAUAAAGUUGAAUUUAAAAUUAACAAGGCAUCAACCAGAGCUAGAAUAUUUGGUGCUGAAUACAAAGGCAAAAAGCGUGAUAAAAAACAUCUUUUUGUUAAGAAUUUACAUAAUAAAUUGAUGUUUUAUACAAUCUUCUUCUUAUUUCUUUUGAAUAUAUGUUUGUGGAGUACAACUGAUGAGCUUGUAACUGAAAACAAUAUGAUGAAGCUCAAGCUGCAUGGAUUGGAUCAACAAUACAAGCUGAUGAAUGAUAUUUUUCUCUCUUUCCUUGCAUCUCAAGUAACUUAUUUUAUGUUCUUGUGGUGAUGCACAAAGGAAAAUAGUGAUCACCAUUGUGCAAUACAAACCAACACACAUAACUUAUUUAUGCAUGAAGUGAGUUGGAGAUGGAUGAUGACAUACAGAUUUUUGAUUGUGAACUUAUACCAUAUGUUUAUGUUUUUUCCUUCUUGGUUAUAUGAGGUUUGGACAUUAGGAUCAAUAUGCUAUACUUAGCAUGUAUCUUGCUUUUUUACUAUAUAUAUUUCUCACAAAAUAUGUGUAUAUCACUAAGUUUGCCUCACUAGGAGCCUUAAACAAAAAUGAUAUACACGGAAUAGGAACAUCGAUCAUAUCGCACAAAUGCAAGUUCCGAUAAUUAUUGUGUUAUCACUGAUCCGAUUAAUUUCCUUAGCAUUCAGUUCUUGCAACCCUUGUCAUCAAUUUCGAGAGGUAAAUUAAUUAUUUUUUAUGCGCCAAUAUGUGCACUCGCACAUGCUAGCUAUUUUGCACCUCCCGGUUUUAUUAGCAGUAAAUCAACUAUGACAAUUCAAGGUUUUUAAGCUUAGAAUGUGUUAUGUGGAUUAUGUCAUGUUCUGAUGUGUAUUUUGCAUUUUGCUUCUAAAAUCCACAUAGUGAGUCAAUUCAGAAGUCUAUUUAAUUUUUUUGUCUAAUAUGUCUCUUCCAUUUGGUACGAAAACUACUUUUUUUCAUUUUAAAACUUGUUUACAUUUUAUCGAUUAUUUUGAUACCUUUGAUUGCCCACAAUCAUGUUAGCAUGACUUUUAGACAUGGUAAUUAACUUUUCGACUCUAUGCCCUCGCUUGGCCCCCUAGUUAUUUACUCCACAUUAACAUGUGCAAUCUUCUUUCUGUGGAUCAUUUGUACGACAUUGUUCCUUUUUACCUAGUCCAAUGACUAAGUUGGGUAUACGUUCAUGUUUCUGUAUACUGUUCUGAAUAAAACACUGGUUGUUGAAGUCUAACGCCUCAUAAUGCUCCAGCAAUAUCAACAUGUUCUUACAUGUACAAUAUCUUCUCCAUUGGUGCACGACAUGUAAUAUAAGUGGCAUGUCCUAGCUUAUUUACUUAUAUUACAUGAUGAAUACAUGUUUUUACAUGUACAAUAUCUUCUCCAUUUGAGCACGACGUGUCUAGGGCACCGUGCUCUCUGUUUCGAUCUUGUGAAGUAUGACGGUUCGAGGGAUAUAUGCUGAUAAAGAUAGGAAGUAGACCAUGGUGAAUAAGCUCCUCUUAGUGUUUUUGUUAACAGAAAAUAUUGUUGUUUCUUCCUGGGAAAGAAAUAAACUAGUAGAUUUUUUACAAGAUCAAUACACCUAUCCACAACAUCAUCUGCAAAUACAAAUUUAGCUUUCAUGUCGGGGCAUAGCGGGAGCCUCGAAUAUGCCUUCCCUUAGGUCGCACUCAGAUUGCAAUUAACUUGUUUUUGCUCCACUUCUCUACCCGCCUUCUAGUCGCUCUUGUUCUCUGGCAUUUAGACCCGUGUGAAGUAGGACGCUAGUGUCAAGUAGGAAGCUUUGGACUACAUCUGGGAGAGGUUCCAGCUAGCUAGGGAGGAAUACUGGCAUUGUUAACGUAUCAACCUAAUUUCUAACAAAAGUUUUAAGUUACUAUAUCAAUCGCUAUCUAGGAAUUUAUUGCGCUUUCAGUGACUUGCGUAAAUAUAUCUAUAAUGCAUUUAUCAACCAUUUCAUAAAUUAUUUAACACUCACUUUAGUAUUUCUCUUCUACAUAAUAAACUUAUUUUCAUCAAUCUCCAUGAGGUGUCUUGAACCUUACCUACCUCAUAAAUAGUUUAUGUGUACGCUCUUUCGUGUGAAAUUUAUUUGCAGGUCAUUUGAAACCGGAGUACUGCACUAAGAGGUAAGCAGCGCAAGAUGGCUUACCUGUUGGGCCUUGAAAACAAGGUUGAGCUACUGUAGCAGUAGGCUAACUCACUACCUGCACAAGUGUAUUUGAUGAAGAGUACAGCUGAUUGGCUUGCAAGUGACAACAAUAUGAUGAAGCUCAAGUUGCAGGGAUUGGAGCAACAAUAUAAGCUGUUGAUUGGUAUUGUUUUCUCUUUCCUUGCAUCUCAAGUAACUUAUCUUAUCUUCUUGUGGUGGCGCACAAAGGAAAAUAGUGAUCACCAUUGGGCAAUACAAGACAACACAGAACUUAUUUCGGCAGGAUGUGAUUGGAGAUGGAUGAUGACAAAAGAUUAUUUAUUUGUGAACUUAUACCAUAUGUUUAUCGUUCUUGCCUUCUUGGUAGUAUCAUUUUUGGAUGUUAGGAUGAAUAUGGUAUACUUAGUA